GCAUCAAGGACCCAUCAAUUGAUCAUCAAAGUCUAAAGUAGGAUAUUAUAGGCAUGAUAAUUAACAGCAAUAGCUUAAAUCAUAAUCUUACAGAUGAAAAGAUCAACAGUAACUGCGAAUAACUACAGAUAUACGGCUAGUUAGCAAUAGCAUACCUGAUCCUUUGUCGGUUGGGAUAUACAUGCACGUUGUUCUGACCGUCUUGACGAGAUAUCCUUCAUGUUACUAUACGUACUUACAGGAAGAGCUAGCAGAGAGAUGGAACAGGAAAAAAGUGACCAACUAAUUGGAUCUCCUUAGUCGCAUUCGCCAGCCCCACCAUAAUCAUCCUUCACACUGUUGUUUUACUCCCUUGUUAAUAACCAAAGCUGUUAACCACUUCCUAUCAGUGUCAAACAUCAUAACAACCUUUCUUUUCCUUGAUCCACUCAGUACCUCCUCUACCGACGGAAAGGUUAAGCAUUAUUAACUCAUUUCUAAAAGAAAUUCUUCUCACCAUUACCCAAUAUCUGCUGAGGUUAGUAAGGUACCUAAGACAGCCAGCAAAGAAAGAAAAAACUUCCUUCCAGUUUUAGACAGUGCUGUUAGUUACCGUGUGGUGGGGAUAUCCAAGGUAGGUCAGUUAAGAGAGCAGCUGCUCGCAAAAUGGCAGCACUAUGCCAAGCUCAAGAAGAUGAUAUGUUCUCGAGGAAUUUACACAAGAGGUUCAAUGGACUUGUAAUGAUCAGGACAAGGGCCAUCAGAGGGAAAGGCGCAUGGUACUGGUCACAUUUGGAGCCAAUCCUCUUCCGAAACCAAGAUACUGGCACAGCUAAAUCCCUUAAACUUAAGUGUAGCCUCUGCAGAGGCCUGUUCUCUGCUUCAAAUCCGUCUAGAACUGCAUCUGAGCAUCUUAAACGUGGCACCUGCCCGGAGUUCCAGAAUGGGGUUACUCCCAUGUUCAGAAAAAACAACCGUUUGUUGCCAUCAGUUGCUAUGAUUUCUGCCCCUUGCUCAGCAGUAAAGCCGAUUAUUCUUAACCCACACAUCAGCAGGCCACAAUUGACUCAAACACAAAUAGAUACAGCUUUGGAUCUGCUUGCAGAAUGGUUUUACGUGUCCUGUGGUUAUGUUUCUCUCUCAACCCUCAACCACCCUAAGUUUCAAGCUUUCCUUCAUCAAGUUGGACUACCACAAGUAAACAAGGAUUCUAUCUUGGGGAGAAAACUUGACUACAAGUAUGUGGAGGCUAAGUUCGAGUUUGAGGAUAAACUUCAUGAUGCACUGUUCUUUCAGAUGUCAACCAAUGGCUGGAAAAAUGAAGAUCAGAAGACCUGCGCUCAGAGUGAAGCUUUUGUGAAUGUUACCUUGAACCUUCCCAACAAAAACAGUCUAUUUCACAAGAUGUUAUUCCUCGGUACCACCAGCACACCUAACUCGACGGACGUUAAAGAAUUACUGAGCUCCAUUAUUAAUGAAGUUUCGAACGGUGACAUUUUCCGGUGUGCUGGAGUUGUUGCAGAUGUCGGCAAUGUCAAUAACAAUGCACUGCUGGAGUUAGAGUUACAGUAUCACUGGAUGGUGAAUACCAAGUGCCAAGCAAAAGCAUUGCAAAACCUUCUUAAUGAUUUCUUCAAAUGUCUUCCCAUCUGUAUACAAACAGCAUCUCUUUGUCACAAACUGGUUCAUAUUUUCAACCCCCAGAAAAAAUCUAGUAACAAUAUUAUCUGUCUCAAUCCUCAACUAACCUUUACCCAUGACCAAAACUCUGCCGCCAUAUCUUCCAUCAAGAAUGUCGCCCGCAUGUCAUGCACACUGAAAGAAGCAGCAGCUCAAAUAAUCUCUACUGAUCCACUAGAUGAGGAAUUACAUGUUGCAAUCAGAGAUCCAAAAUUCUGGAGGGAUUUAGAAUGUGUAGUUUGCCUAAUUAAGCUGAUGGGAACAUUAAUGGAGGAGAUCGAAGAAGACAAGCCAUGUUUAGGACAAUGUCUUCCACUAUGGGAAGAACUGAAGAGUAGAAUCAAAAUAUGGUGUAACAGUUUCUCAAUUGAAGAAACAACAGUGAUGGAGUUGGUGAAUAUUCAACUUUCAAAAAACUACCAUCAAGCUUGGGCAGCGAGCUAUAUUCUGGAUCCUCUUUAUUUGAUUGAAGACAAUUGCGGCAGGUACCUACCACCUUUUAAGUACCUUAGUUCCCAGCAAGAAAAAGAUGUAGUAAAAAUAAUAACAAGGUUGACACAGAAUGAAGAAGAGAAACAUAUUGCUUUAAUGGAAUUGAUGAAAUGGAGGACGAAAGGGUUAGACCCAGUAUAUGCACAAGCAGUUCAAGCAAAAGAGAGAGAUCCAGUCACCGGAAAGAUGAAAGUAGUGAAUCCAUGUGGAAGUAGAUUGGUUUGGGAGACUCAUCUGACUGAAUUCCAGGUGUUGAAAAAAGUGGCAGUGCGGUUAAUCUUUCUUCAGGCAACAACAGGGAGUGUGAAAAUGAACCAUACAUACUUCAAUUUGCUUUGCGGGAACAGUAAAUCAGGCAAUGCUGCUGUUGAAAGGGCUCAAAAACUAAUGUUUGUGUCAUCAAAUGGUAGAUUGGGGAAAAAAGACUUAACAUACGACGACGAAGAAGAGAAACUCUUAGGUUGCUGCAGUUGCGAGAGUGACCAGACCGAAUCACUUGUUAGUUAGAGCCUUAGAGGAUUAUUUUCUGUAUGAAUUUAUUAAGUUGUCAAUCAACAUUCUUAUAGAGCUUUUGUAUGUUCUUUCUUCCUUUCUUCUAUGAUAGUUAGAGGAUUAAACUAUAACAUUCAGUGUUUCAAACUAAAAUAAAAUUCUAUCAAA